AUGAACGACCAGCUACAGCACGAAGACUACUCAUCAGAAGAACUGGCAUCAAGCGUUGAUGAUUUCAACACUACUGAAAUUAUUGGAUCCUUGCCUCAGUCAUUACUACCUACGCCACCGUCGCAAUACAUCGAUGACUCGGCUUCUUUUCUCCAGCCAUCCGAAAUGCUCCUUUUCCAGAGCUUCGAUGUAGAAUCAGCAUUACAAACUAGUACUGGUGAAACGCUGCCAUCAUAUACGUCGCUAACAGCAAGCGCGCCGCCAUUUCCAUUAAAUACAAUAACAACAACUAUACCAACGUUGGCCGACGAGAUUUCGCAUCAGGUCAGAGUGCAGAAGAACGGCGAACACGAUCAAUCAAAUAUCGUUGAUACUGGGCUUAUACAUGGAUAUCUACAGUUAAUCGUUCACGAAUGCAAAUGCAUGUUUGCACAUUUUGAACAAGCACGGAAACAUAGGGCGGUGGCAGUCUUUCGACAAUUGGUAGAAGCGCAACAGUUCGGAUUUGACAGCACUGGACGCUAUUAUUCACUCCCAGAGGUUCCAAAUGAGAUUUCCCUUGAGGUCUCUCUUGUUUCCGAGAGCCAUGCCGUCACCCUUCACAAAGACCAACCUAUUCACAGUAGUAAAAGACCAGCAGGAGAAACAGCUGCGAUGACUGAGGGCGAUAACAAUAGCAGACGCGUCUACCAGCUUGUAAUAACUCUCGACUCUAAACCUACUAGUACUACUGCUAGUAGUAGUAGUGAUAACGGCGAUGAUGUUCAGAUGGGUCAGACCUCCACACCAUCACUACCACAGCAAUACGAGGAACAGCAACGACAUGUUCACCAGCCGUCCCCGCAACAGGAAGAAACACUACGUAAACGAAUCUUGGAGAUUGAUAUACAAGGCUAUGCUCCCUGCCCCGAAUCCUCUCAUCAACAUUCAAUUGCUGAGCUCGAUGCGCUCAGCUCAACCCGGGAUAUCAGUAUGCAAGCUCGCCAAGAAAUACGUUGGUUCAAUGAACAUUUUGCGCGCGUAAAAUAUUAUCAGCAAGCUCUUCUUCAGAUUUACUACGGUGUGUAG